UUGUUAAAAUUUAAAGUCCGGUUGAUUUGUUUAUCUUCAAAAAUACAAAGUCUACUUAGUCGUACAGCCAUCAAUCUUACUCCAAUUGAUGCCUUUUUAAAUUUUAAGCAAGCUCUCGUGUCAAAAACCACCUGAUUCAUCAUGGGGCAUGUCAACGAGGAUAAUCUGGAUUUGAUGCUGGCAGGUUUGAAACUCGAAAAGUACACCCAGCUUUUAAACAAAAAAGCCAUCAAAUUCGACACGUUUGUCAACAUGACGAAGGAGGACAUGGCGAUCGUUGGCAUCAGGAGCAAGAAGGACCAGGCGCUCUUGUUGGAAACGCUUAGGCCUCUUCUCCACCUGUACAAAGACGUUAAUGAGCUCCCGCCGAUCCGGGACGACCUCAUAAUCGGUAACGAGGUGAAUCAGCUGCGUAACUUGCUCGGCCACCUGAUCGUACUAAGGCGCACCCUGCUCAAGCAGAACAGGCCGAAGAAUAUAUUAAUCGACACAACCAAUUCUGCAGCCUCAGCUAUUGUGAAACUUGCCGACUGUGCCCUCGAUUCCGUUUCCCUAAUACAAUCCGAUAUGAAGCAGAUAUUGCGAAAUAUAGAAGGAGAGAAGAAGAAGAGUAGAUACUUAGCUCUGGCUACACUUGGAACAGCUGCUAUCGUCAUCACGACUUAUGUAAUAAUGAAUAGACAAUCUUUGCAAUUUUCACUGUGAUACCAAAAAAAAAAGUUUUGCAUAAAAUUUUGAUACUUUUUUCUGCUUAUUUGUACUAUAUUUUUAAACUGUAUAUUAUUGACUUGAAAUUACAUUUUGAUAAUAAGGUAAA